AUGCCUUCCAUCAACAGCCUUCUUACCAUGGCUGCUGCCGCCGGCUCUGCUAGCGCUGCGUUCCAGGGCUUCAACUAUGGCUCUACCUUUACAGACGGCAGUGCCAAGGCUCAAUCCGACUUUGAGAAUGAGUUCAACACUGCUGCUGGCCUUCAAGGUACUAACGGUGCUUUCACCAGCGCUCGUCUCUACACUAUGAUCCAGGGUGGCACACCCAACCAACCCAUCUCUGCCAUCCCCGCCGCUAUCAAGACCAAGACCAGCCUCCUCUUUGGUCUUUGGGCCUCUGGUAAUGGCUUCGCCAACGAGAUUGCCGCCCUAAAGAACACUGUCGACCAGUAUUGUGACCAGCUCGAUGGUCUCGUCGCUGGUAUCUCUGUUGGAAGUGAGGAUCUCUACCGUAUCUCACCCACUGGUCUCAAGAACGACGAGAACCCCGGCGCCGACCCUGACGUCCUCGUCGACUAUAUCAAGCAGACUCGCAGCGCUAUCAAGGGCACUUGCCUUGAGUCUGUCCCUAUCGGUCACGUCGACACAUGGACCGCUUACGCCAAUGCGUCCAACAACGCUGUGAUAGAGGCUUGUGACUGGCUCGGUAUGGAUGCCUACCCUUACUUUGAGGACACCAAGAACAACCCUAUCUCCGAGGGCGCAAACCUCUUCAAGGCCGCCUGGAAUGAGGUCAAGGCUGCUGCCAAAGGCAAGGAGAUCUGGGUUACUGAGACCGGAUGGCCUGUGAGUGGAAAGACUGUUGGCAAAGGUGUUCCGUCGCUCGAGAAUGCCCGAACAUUCUACGAGGAUGUCGGCUGUCCUAUGUUUGGAGACAUCAACGUCUGGUGGUACACUCUCCAAGAUUCCGCUCCUCAGACUCCCAACCCCAGCUUUGGAGUCAUCGGUUCUGAUCUCACCGAGAAGCCCCUUUACGAUCUUAGCUGUAGUUCUGCUAGCAAGAAGGGUACUCUGGUCAGCCGCAGUGACGACAAGUCUGACAACGUUGAGCACUACUUUGUGAGCCCUUCCUUCGCAGCCAACAACAAGAACGGAACUAUCCCUGUUGUGCCUGCUGGAACUUCCACUACUUUGGUGCCAACUCCUUCUUCCACCUCUAGCACCGGUACUGGUGCCGGAUCUCAGACUACUCCUGUGCCUGGUAGCGGUGCUCAGCAGCUCAACUCAAUGGGCGCUGCUGCUGUUGCGGUUAUCCUUGCCGCUGCUUUGCUAUGA